AUGUGCGAUUUACCUGUGUUGCGAAGAGAGGGAGAAAGGCCUAUGGAAUAUACGGGAAAAGGAGAGACGGACAAAACAGAUGCGGACCUGGCAUAUGAGGAGUUAGCCAAACAAACUGAUGAGAGCGAGUGGGAACGAUUGUUGCCGGCAUUGGAACUUGCUUACAAUACAACCUCCCAUUCUUCGACGGAGCUCAGCCCUUUUGAGGUUAUGAUAGGGCAAAAUCCAGUGACUGCCGCGGAUAUAGAUAUUGUUGGUGAUCUUGCGCCUACGAUUACACCUCAAAUGACGAAGCUCAUCCCUGAUCGGCCACGAGAUCCUCUAAUGCAAUCUAAGGAAGCAGCAGUAGGGUGGCUUCCGCUAACGGACAAAGAGGGUAACUCCACUGACAUAUACGAAGUUGAUUACAUACUCAAUCAACGUGGCUCGGGAAAGGACGUACAACGACCCCCGUACCUGGACGAGGGCAUUGAGCGGCAGGCAGACGAACUUCUGAAAAAGGGCACGGUUCAGCCGUCAACUAGCGCCUUUCGGCACAAUCCCGUGCUGGCGAAGAAAAGGGAUGGCAAAUGGCGCAUGUGCGUCGACUUCAAGCCCCUCAACAAGAUCACAGUGAAGCAGAAGUUCCCGAUGCCCAGAGUGGACGAAAUCCUUGACCGCUUACAGGGUUCGGCAGUAUACUCAGCAUUUGACUUCGAUGAGACCUUCUUGCAGAUCCGUAUUCACCCUGAGGACAGGCACAACACGGCGUUCCACACCCGCACUCGCAAGCUGGAGUACACUUGUAUGCCCUUUGGCCUCGUGAAUGCACCUGCCGAACUGCAGCGGCAAAUCAAUCACGACUUCCUGGAGCCAAUUGCCGAGGGGUGGAUGGUGAUAUACAUGGAUGAUGUGCUUGUGUUCAGCCGCAAUGUGCAGGAGCACCUGCAGCACCUCCGGCGGGCGCUGCAGCUCCUACCAGGAGUCCAACCAGAUCCGACUAAGAUCGAGGCGAUUCAGCGGUGGCCGCUACCGCUGUACACGCGGACGGACGUUCAGAAGUUCCUCGGGCUCGCCUCAUACUAUCGCAAUUUCAUUCCUGGGCACUUCACGGUUCAGACCGAUCACCAAUCAUUGACACACCUGACGAAGAGUUUUCAAGACUAUGACAACGAAAGAGUUGUUCGGUGGCUUUCGCGGCUCACGCAGUAUGACUUCACCGUCAAGUAUAUCAAGGGUAUCACCAACGUGGUCGCCGACGCACCUUCCAGACGCCCUACAGCGGAAGGAGUGGCCCAACUAUUCAUUAAUCAUGUGUGGAAGCUCCACGGCCUCCCCAAAAGCAUCAUUACCGACAGGGAUCCGAAGUUCGUUAGCGCCUUCUGGCGCACCCUCAUGCAACAGCUCGGCAUCGACCACAACAUGACCACCGCCAACCAUCCGGAGGCCGACGGCCAGACCGAACGGACUAACCGCACGCUGGUGCAGUAUUUGCGGCUUUACACCCAACAGAACAUAUCUAACUGGCUUGACUUUCUUGCUUGUCCAGAAUGGGUUUAUAACACUACUGUGCAUUCGUCCACUCGCUGCUCCCCGGCGUCCCUGGUCUAUACCGAAACUCCACUCGCCGAUCCGCCGCUCGACCUAGCGGUUGGAAGCCAGCUCCGACAGACUGUGGCUUCCGACUUCGGCACACAGCUUGCAGCAGCGAGGGAACGCAUCCGCAAAGCACAGGAAUGUCAGGCCAGAAACUAUGAUAAACGACGUUCCGCAGUCAGUUUCAACCCGGGCGACUUGGUUCUGGUGGAUUCGCACGCCCUCCGUAGCACGCAGGAGGGCGAGCAACCCAAAAAGUUCGCCACACGAUGGGUUGGACCGUUUGCGGUCCGCUCUCGGGUCAACGCCUUGGCGUAUAUUAUCGAUUUACCCCCAACGUGGAGAUGUCACCACACUAUUAACGUGGGCUUCUUAAAACAGUUUCGGGAAUCUCCUCGGUUUCCUCGCACUCUAGCGAGGAAACAGCAACAGCGACCUCGCGAGCUUCCCCGCCUCGAGGAUACAGAGAUUCUCGAAGCCAGCUUAUUCAGGCGGUGCCAAGGCACCAUCGCCGCAGCGAGGCGGCCGCCGCAUCAUGACUCGCCGUUUGAGAACGGGCACCGGGGUGGAGAACAGCAGCGGCAGCAGCAGCGGCAGCAGCAGCGGCAGCAGCAGCAGCAACAGCAGCAAUCCAUCACGUUCAACAUGACCAUCUGCGCACGAGGACGUGCGCUUUUUGCUGAUGGGGGGCCAGAUGUAACAUGA